AUGGGAUGCAUCAAUAAGGUCGUUGUGCGUGACGAAGACGCGAAAUCUCCAGGGGUCAAAAGCAACGACAUUGGUAAAUGUUCGGCCACGCAUGGAGCUCAAGUUGCAAAAUCAGGUAACGUGGCGUCUAAGGAGCUUCGCUGGUGUGCGGAGCAGCUGAACAAAAGCGUGAAGGCGUUCGAUAGUGCUACGGUGAACCGCAACGUGGAAAAUUGGGAGCGCCAGCCAAAGUGCUUCGAGCUGGGGAACCACGACGGCGCCUCCGUGCAGAUGGGAAGCUCGCCGAGGUUUCCGACGUACGACAAUGAUUUCGGAUGGGGGCGGCCCUUGGCCGUGCGCAGCGGCGGAGCGAACAAGUUUGACGGCAAGAUGUCGGCGGUUCCCGGGAGGAAUGGCGGUGGCACCGUUGAUUUGGAGUUGUUUUCGGCGUCGAACAAAAUGGCGCGACUCGAGUCUGAUUCUGAGUUUGUAGGGACACGUUAG